AUGCGAAGGAACUGUUCCCUAUUGUUUAUGGGUUUUUAAAAGGCAUUUGUAAAGAAGCAGCAGAGGAACUGAAAAAGAAACACAAAAACGCUGCUUCAUUGCAAGGGCCAUCUCUGGAAGAAGUUUACAGUACCUGGCUUAGUGUAAGUGGAAAGAGAAAGUCUGAAGAUACAGGACAGCCAGCAGCCAAAAGGUUGAAACCUGCAGAUGACACAGAUUCCAGUGAUUCAGAUUCUGAUGAUGGCGAUCAGCCUGCAACUAAAGUUGCCACAAAGCCCCUUACUCAGGCAGCAGUUAGUGGCAGCAAGAAGGCCAGCAAAGCACCAGCAGGAAGUGGGACAUCCGAUUCUGAUUCAGACUCGGAGAGCUCUGAUUCAGAGCAACCGAAGGCAAAAAAAAUUGAAAAGAAUAACUGAAGCAAGACCACAGAAAUUGCAGGCAGCUAAAAAAGCAAAGGAAAGUUCAAGUUCAUCAUCUUCCUCAGAUGAAGAUGACACCAAAAGGCCAAUUGCACCUAAACUGAAACCUGCAGUAAAAACACAAAUAAAAUCUGCACCUACCAAGAAAGCAAAAGAAAGUUCCAGUUCAUCGUCAUCCUCAGAUGAAGAGGACACCAAGAAGCCAGUGACACCUAAAACAACUCCAGCAGUACAAACUCCACCUUCUAAGAAAGCUGAAGAAAGUUCAAGCUCAUCAUCAUCAUCCUCAGAUGAAGAUGAUGCCAAGAAGACAAUGACAAAUAAGAUAAUCCCACCACCAAAAGCACAACAGAAAACAGUGGCAGUUAAAAAGGCAAGGGAAAGUUCAAGUUCAUCAUCGUCAUCAGAUGAAGAUGAUGACAAGAAGCCUAAAACAGCUCCAGCAGUAAAAACACAAACGAAGCCUCCACCUGCCAAGAAAGCGAAAGAAAGUUCAAGUUCUUCUUCAUCGUCAUCAGACGAAGAUGAUGCCAAGAAACCAGUGAUACCUAAAACAGCUCCUGCAGUAAAAACACAAGCGAAGCCUCCUUCCAAGAAAGCGAAAGAAAGUUCAAGUUCUUCUUUAUCGUCAUCAGACGAAGAUGAUGCCAAGAAACCAGUGAUACCUAAAACAGCUCCUGCAGUAAAAACACAAGCGAAGCCUCCUUCCAAGAAAGCGAAAGAAAGUUCAAGUUCUUCUUUAUCGUCAUCAGACGAAGAUGAUGCCAAGAAACCAGUGAUACCUAAAACAGCUCCUGCAGUAAAAACACAAGCGAAGCCUCCUUCCAAGAAAGCGAAAGAAAGUUCAAGUUCUUCUUCAUCGUCAUCAGACGAAGAUGAUGCCAAGAAACCAGUGACACCUAAAACAGCUCCAGCAGUGAAAACACAAGCGAAGCCUCCUUCCAAGAAAGCGAAAGAAAGUUCAAGUUCUUCUUCAUCGUCAUCAGACGAAGAUGAUGCCAAGAAACCAGUGACACCUAAAACAGCUCCAGCAGUGAAAACGCAAGCGAAGCCUCCACCUGCCAAGAAAGCGAAAGAAAGUUCAAGUUCUUCUUCAUCGUCAUCAGACGAAGAUGAUGCCAAGAAACCAGUGACACCUAAAACAGCUCCAGCAGUGAAAACACAAGCGAAGCCUCCUUCCAAGAAAGCGAAAGAAAGUUCAAGUUCUUCUUCAUCGUCAUCAGACGAAGAUGAUUCCAAGAAACCAGUGACACCUAAAACAGCUCCAGCAGUAAAAACUCCACCUGCCAAGAAAGCGAAAGAAAGUUCAAGUUCUUCUUCAUCAUCGUCAGACGAAGAUGAUGCCAAGAAGCCAGUGACACCUAAAACAACUCCAGUAGUAAAAACUCCACCUGCCAAGAAAGCAAAAGAAAGUUCAAGUUCUUCUUCAUCAUCGUCAGACGAAGAUGAUGCCAAGAAGCCAGUGACACCUAAAACAGCUCCAGCAGUAAAAACUCCACCUGCCAAGAAAGCAAAAGAAAGUUCCAGUUCUUCUUCAUCGUCAUCAGAUGAAGAUGAUGCCAAGAAGACUGUGACACCUAAAACAGCUCCAGCAGUAAAAACACAAGUGAAGCCUCCACCUGCCAAGAAAGCAAAAGAAAGUUCCAGUUCUUCUUCAUCGUCAUCAGAUGAAGAUGAUGCCAAGAAGCUAGUGACACCUAAAACAACUCCAGCAGUAACAAAAACUCCACCUGCCAAAAAAGAGGAAAAUAGUUCAAGCUCAUCAUCAUCCUCAGAUGAAGCUGAUGCCAAAAAGACAGUGACAAAUAAAAUAAACCCACCACUAAAAGCACAACAGAAAACAGUGGCAGUUAAAAAGGCAAAGGAAAGUUCAAGUUCGUCCUCCUCAUCAGACGAAGAUGAUACCAGGAAGCCAGUUGCACCUAAAGUAACUCCAGCAGUGAAAACACAACUAAAAACUCUACCUGCCAAAAAAGCACAAGAAAAUUCCAGUUCUUCUUCAUCCUCAGAUGAAGAUGACUCAAAGAAGCCAGUGACACCUAAAACAACUCCAGCAGUAAAAACACAACUAAAAACUCCUCCUGUCAAAAAAGCAGAAGAAAGUUCCAGUUCAUCAUCGUCAUCAGAUGAAGAUGAUGCCAAGAAGCUACUGACACCUAAAACAACUCCAGUAGUAAAAACUCCACCUGCCAAGAAAGCAGAAGAAAGCUCCAGUUCUUCUUCAUCGUCAGAUGAAGAUGAUGCCAAGAAGCCAGUGACACCUAAAACAACUCCAGCAGUAAAAACACAAGCAAAGCCUCCACCUGCCAAAAAAGCAGAAGAAAGUUCCAGUUCAUCAUCGUCAUCAGAUGAAGAGGAAGUCAAAAAGCAAACCACAACUCCUGCAAUAAAAUCACCACUGACAGCUGCUAAAAGACCCAGGGAAAGUUCAAGUUCUUCAUCCUCAGAUGAAGAUGAUACAAAAAAUCCAGUUACACCAAAAACAACUCCCGCAGUAAAAUCACCACAGAAAACUGUAGCUGCCAAAAAGGCAAAGAAAAGUUCAAGUUCAUCCUCGUCAUCAGAUGAAGAUGAUGCCAACAAACCAGCAACACCAAAAACAACUCCUGCAUUGCAAACACCGCAAAACACUGUGAAAAAAGUGGCAGGUGCUAAGUCUGCUGGUAAGUUAAUAGCAGCUGCUAUCUCUAAAAAAGGACUUGAUAGCGUAAUUUCUGCUCAGCAAACACAAGACAGCAGCUCGGAUUCAAGCUCAGAAGAUGAGAGUGCCAAAAAACUUCCUGCACAGAAUGCCACCACUGCUACAAAACCUGCCUCGAAGUCAUCUUCUGGUAGCAGUGAUUCCAGUUCCAAUGAAGCAUCAGUGCAGAAACCGACCCCCAAAGCCUCUUCUUCAGUCUUAAAAACACCAAAUAGAUCAGCAUCCAAAAAGGAAAGUUCUAGUUCUAGCAGUGACAGCUCAGAUGAAGAAGAUACAAAGAAAGCACAAGCAAGCAAGAACUCCUCUCCAGCCUCUAAAACACCACAGCAGAAUGCCAGCUUGAAUUUCGGGAAAAGCUCUCUGGGUUUAACACCAGCCAUGCAAAAUGGCUUAUUGACCACUUCCACUCCUGCAGCUGACCAGGACUCAACUAGCUAUGAUUCAGACAGCCAUUCAGAAACUCCAGAAAAUAAAUCUGGUUUGAACGGGACCUUUGAAACAGCAAAAUCUUCAGAUUCUUAUUUCCAGACACCUGAUGGGCAAGCAAAUGGUGACAGCAACAAGCAAAAGUCAGACAAGCGCAAAAGCAACGAACCAUUUCGCCGUGUUAAACCAGAAGACGUAAAUGUUGAUGAUCGUUUCAAGGAUAAUUCUUUUGAAGCAAAGAGAGGAUCAUUCGGCUCCUGGGGAGAGAAAGCUAACUUGGAUUUGAGGCACACACGAGGAAAGAGUUUCCGCCAUGAGAAAACAAAGAAGAAGAGAGGUAGUUACCGUGGAGGAGCUAUAGACAUGUCAGUGCACUCCAUCAAGUUUGAUGAUGAUUGAGCUGGCAAAGCAACAGUUGCUUCUUGGAGCACAGAGAGAAAUUUGGGAAUGUGGAGAGGGCCUCCUGGGACCAUAGUUAUAAAGCGAGGGCAAGUCAUUGCCCCAGGGGAAAUAUGAAAAUCAAGGGAAAGCAUCUUCAUGGUUAUUCCUCAGACCUUGAGGAUAAACACGGGGCAUUUUUAGCCAUUGGUGAACUAUAUGACCCUCAGGGUAAAGGGACAAGACACUUGUUCUUGAGUUUACCUUGUUGCUCCAAGGCAGCAACUUGCUCUGGUUUGGUAAGUACAACCCCUAAUUCAGUUCCAUGGCUACAGUUCAUAAAAAUACUGUUACUGUGUUGUGGAUUUUGGAUUUCAGUGGUUAGCUGGCACCUUCAUAAUCAGAUGCUGAUGUUUGUUUGAAAAACAAUUGUUAUGAAACAUAAGAUUUCAUUACAGAUUAUUUGUCCAUGCAUCCCCUAAAUUUUGUUUUUGUAAUAGUUUGAUUUCAAAUACUGCAUUGCUCUGCUGGUUAAUGAGAGCCAAAAAUGUAUAAUAAAGUUUUGUGACCUUAUAAGCUGGGAUAUUUUUUAUGUAGCUGCCUCUUGACCUGCAAUAGAGUUUAGCCAUCUUAACCCUGGCAGGCAGUUUGGAUGCAGCUGUGAGUUUGCAAGAUGUUUUUAGAAAGAAGUAUUACUUGGUGACUAAAUUGUUUGCAAUGCUGGAAUGCAAUGGAGCUAGUUACCCUUGAAUGCAUGAAAUGAUUUUUUUUUCCAAACCUAGAAAGAAAAGACUAAACAUAGUUGUAAAAAAUAAGCAAAGGUUAACUGUUCCUUUCACAGCACACUUCAAGAACCUGUGUAAAACCAAAAUAAUCCUAGCGAAAUUUCAAAAAUGAUUUUCCCUGCCAUGAGCCAUGCGGAUAAAGAUUUCUCUAUGCUGAUGUCUAAUGAGAAUCUAAUCAGGCCAUAAGCUUCUUUUACUGUUUAGCACGUACAGCCUAGCUCAAUGUCUUUUUUUCUCUGUAAAGGUGAUGUGAUUUUUUUUAACUUCCAGUAGCACUUUUUUUAUGGUCUUAGGGAGAUAACUUUUUAGAAAUCUGCUACUUAAUUCAGGGCAUGUGAAAAAAUCAUUAAUACAAAAACAUGCUGAAAAAUUUUGUGUUCACUGCCAUUAAGCUAAAUGGAUAACGAUCUUCCUAUUAAUCCUACAUGAGGAAAAAUAUUCCCUUUAAUAGCUUAAAGGCUGUUUAACAAUUUAAGUAGCCCUUAGCCCUGAAGCUUUGAAUAUCUGCGGGUAGCAGAAUUUACCCAGUACAAUUAGGGUAACACUUACAGGUUGGGUAUAUGUGCUUCUUAUGAGUCUAGGGUGUAAACUAAUAGCUGUAUCCCAAGUCUAAGAAAGGUCAUAAAGUUCAUCUGUUUUAUAAAGGACUUUGGUGAAGACCAUUGUUGGGAGGGCUGUUUUGAAUUCCUCUAAUUUAAUACGUUUUCUUGCCUAAGACCACUUUAGAAGAGAGCACUUUUUGUUUGACAAAGCAGUUGUGACUAAUAAUGGAAAAGAUAAAAGCAAAUUGAAAUUGUGCACUCUAGAUCUCUCCAUUCAUUCCUAAAAGUAAACAUAAGUGAAUAAAUUUACAGAAUUCGUGACAAUCUUGAUUCACAUUGCUAUUGCUGGAAGGAGGAAGAAAGAGAAUUCUGGACAACUAGGCCCAAACUCCAAGCUUCCAUGAAAAGAGACACCACUUUGACAUUUCUUCAUUCAUUUGUGCUUUGACUGGUAUUAAUCAUUAUAGGAAGCACGUGGGUAGAUACCGUAAGUGAUAAGCCCUGUCUUGGGCAAUGUGAGCUGGACAACCAGUCCACUCUUUCACGUUUUGUAAGCCAGUUCUUAAUCUGGCUGCCAGCAAGGUGCAAUCUUCAACAGGAUACCGAGCUGGCUCACAUGGCUGAACAAGAUCACUUACGCCACUUAACUGUUGCAAAUAGGGAUUCCUGGUAUCCUACAAGCAUGACAUUGCUUCAAUCAAAGUCAUUAGUUUCAUGUUCCCUGUACAAGACUCAGCUCAACCACUUGCUCCCAAAUGUCUGGAUGUGUCAUUUCACAUGAGUUUAUGUGUUUUUAAAAUUUUUGUUUUGUUUUGUACAUUUUUACAUUUGGAAUAAUAAUUUUUCAUUUUCUUAUUGCGGUAAGAGGGACGCAACACAUUUUGCCAUAACAUUGUUUUCAUUUUCACUCCUGUGGGUGCUGGUUGGGUUUGCUUGACACGAUCUUUCCUUUUUGUGGGGAAUGUGCAGUGGAUAUGAGAUAUGUGAAUGAUAUAAAACAUAACAUUUUAUCAUGAUAAAAGUAAUCAGUGUAUUCAAAUUUAUUAACAGUGUGCACUUUUGUUUUUUCCCUCUUUUUAACAGCAAGAUCGGCAAACAAGUGUCUGUUUAGAUAUAUAUAUAUAUCUUGGUAGUUAGCUCUCUUUCGUGCAACAAGUUUUAAAUAUUUCCAAACAUAUGGAAGAUGACAUAAAAUUUUUAAUGAACUUCAAAAAUCAAAUCAGAGAAGUAACUCUUAUGUAGGCAAAAGUGUUUUUGUUCUUUCAGAGAGUCACAUAAAAGCUUGCCCCAAACUAUACUGUAACACAUUUGUAAAGUAGUGACACUGAAAACUGUAUUUAAAAUGUUGUCAAUAAGGUCGUUAAAAUCGUCCUAUAAUAUUUGCUGGAAUGGAGUUUACAAGGUGUGUGAUGCCCUUGUCACCUGUAGACCUUCAUGUGGAGGACUGGAAGCAGCAGAGAAAAUAGCCACUUAAUUUAACCGUAAGCUCUUAACAUAAAUGUUUGUGCAUAAUUCCAUUUGUUAUAUUAUAUAAAUCUUCCCCUCUCCUCCUUUAAAGGUAAAAACCAAAUUCAUCAGUUUUUCCAUUUUUAAAGGCUAGACCUGUUUAUUCCACACAAUUAAUUGUGUCCAUUACUCUUCAGUUUUAUCAGAAGAAUUAGAACUAAUAUCGCAAAUAAAUGGCUUUCACUUUACAAGAUAUCACAGACGUGAGAAAGAUCAUCUGGAUCACCCAUCUUAACCUGCUUACAAUGGUCAGAUACACAUAAGCAUAUAGCAGUUUGACAUGUUCAAGGAAGUCUUGGAGUAAUGCUGCUAUGUGAACAUAAACCCAUCAAAAUGGAUGGAAAGUAGAAAUGAAAACAGCAGUGAAAAUGUUUUUAUGAAAGUACAUGAAAAAUAUAAUGUAAUCCAAGGAGUAAACUUUUUGUAUCAAAAAUGAAGUUAAUACUCAUUUUUUUGCAUUAAGAAAAUGGUGAUGAAGACUGCUUGGAGCAGACUGUUUCACUGAAUACUUCAUUAAGAUCAAUCAGUUUUCUUUUAAAAACUUCACAGGGUAAAAGACCUUUUUCUUAUCACUGAGCGUCCUUUUUUUUUUUUUCACAAGGUUUGGCAUAGUUUUAUUGCAAGUCAUUUAGAUGACACAACACAACAAUCCAUAGAAAAUAUGUGGUUUCAUUAGCACACUAGAAUUACAGGUUGAAUAAACUUUUAAUUUAUGUUUCACAAUGUACGGGUGUCCGCUGAAAGUUAUGGAUUUCCCCGACGAUUGGUAUAUGUCAUUCAUCUGUAAAACAUAUAGCUACUUAACACAAAAAUGUAGUCAGAUUCACAGCCGAGGAGGUAAAGUGAAGCUGCAAAAAUGUGGUAGAUGUAUCACUUGACUUGAUUUAUCUUCAUGAGUGGUGCCCCUUUGAUGGGGGAGGAAACCCCAGUGAUAAGAAGCUGCUUAUUUUUUACGAUAUAAUUGAUUGGCUCCUUGUGGUGUAGUGGAUCUGGCUGAGGCCUGGCCAUGGGGACCGAUGAAUGACCUGAAGGUGGCAUGUACUCAGGCAGCAAACCUUGCACAUUGUAACUCCACUGCAUGUCGUUUGUCUGAAAACAAGAGAAAGUGUUGUACAUCUAGCAAGAGAAAGUAAAGACACAUUGAUUAGGGUUAUAGGCUUAAAGGUGAAGGAUAUGAUUCCCUUAAUAUUACAUUUUUCAAAACCUUACUCCUUUUUACACCUAUUUGUAUGCCUCAUGUUCCAUUAUUGAAACAUUUUUUUUCUUCUUCAAAUUCUUGUUCUUUGAGUAUCUGUUGGUCACGUACAUGAAUUUUAUGCAUAAAUUCAAAAAUUUCAACCUCAGGCAUAAAUGGAUUGAAUACAUAAGAUGCCAUAAUCUGACAGGACUUUCAGCCAAGCAUCUUUCACUUCAACAUUUUGCUCCUACAUGGAAACAACUUGUGUAACAAAUUCUGUUGCUAAUCUUGUGCAGAAUGUCUUUACCAGCUUUGUUUUGCACAUAAUCUUCUUGGUGGUUUGUCUAUCAACAAAUCAAACAUAAAUGAUUCCUCUUCAAGACAAAAUCAUCCCUUCAGGUUGGGGACUGAUAUGGCCUAAAUAAAUAGUUACAAAUUAAAUGUUAAAAAACAAAUGUGCUUUAGGCAACAGUACACACCUUUACGAUUAAUUUGGUUCGAUGUGGCUUGCCAUAAUGGACAGGUUUAAAAGUGAGAGUUAGCAGUGUUCCUCCCAAGCUUUUGGGGAGAAGUUCUCCAUUCUGUGGUUCGAUGCAGAAUUCUUUGUGGCUACCUUUAAUCAGGUAUGCAUUGAAUGGUGUGGAACAUCUGGGAAAAGGCAUAAAUUUUAAAUUCAUGAGCUGCAUGUUAUGCAUACUGUUUUCAUAAAAAUGUUCUCUUAAACAGGAAAAAGUGUCAAGAUGCAAGGUAUGCACCUAUGACAGAAAUUGUCUUGAUUGUGAUGGUAAUCUUAUGGAACAGUUCAUACUGAUCUAUGACAGUCCAUUAAGCUCUAUUCAGACUGAAAAAAAUAAAAGAAGGGCACCAGCGGUCAAAGUCCAAAAUAAAGUAGACAUUUCUUCACAAUGACAGCAUCAGAAAAUAGAUCAGAGAUGGCAUUGACAGGACAGCAAUGAUGGCAUUGACAGGACAGCAAGUAGAUGAAACAAUAACCCUCAAGACAAACUUUUCUCGCUUUUUAAGAUGUCCCAUGCAUUUAAGGCAGCCACCUUUGGUGGAUGCAGACAAAGAGUGGGUGGAACAAGCACUCUUGAUGAGAGAUGGGUUUGGGGACUAGAUUAGAAAGCAUUGAAUGUAGACAUAGUUUGAAGAGAAAAAGAAAGAAUUCCAAACAGUGGAGCCUGAGAAGAAAAAAGAACUUGUGCCUAAUUUCUCGUCUGAUGUGUGGCACAGAGAGGAGGCCAAUGCAGGCAGACCAAAGAGACAGAUAAUGCUAUUCAUCUCUCACAUCAAUGCCCUAUCAGUCACAUGAUUCUCAAGAUAGGCUGACUGAAAUGGUUCAAGUAGAUUAUGGGUGGAGAAAGAGUUCAGGAACUGGACCAGCACAAAAUCUUUCUAAAUAAAUUGAAUAGAAAAGGGGAGAUUGGAAACAGGGCGAUAGUUUUUGAGAUUAUUAGAGUUGAGGCUGGGCUGCUUUCUUCUCUAUAUAUGUAUAUAUGUGAAGGAUGAGAAGAGAAAGGUGAAAUAAAAGUUUGCUUUCACAUCAGCAUUUGCUCUGCAACUAAAGACGUCCUUCACUUUUUAUCUAAACAUGUGUAGUCAGAAAAUAAACAUGCCUAUUUUUGUGAGAACAAUAUGGCUGCAGUUUUUGUGUCAUUCAAAUUUUGAUUUAUGCUGGAACAAACUGCACAUUUCUGGAAAGUGUUUUGCAGUCUGUGGUAUGCAACCAAUGAAGAUGAAGGUUCUUUGUUAAAAAAAUUUUGCAAUCACAACAGCAUGAUUGAGUCUGCACUGUGAGUCCUCCAAGCUUUUAUUAUAAUCUAAAUACUUGUUUUGCUAGCCCUUCAGCCAGUAAAUCAUUCAUUCAUCAUCAUCCUCGUAAUCAUCAUCACUAUGUGUAACUUGUACUAAUGGACUGCCUGCAGGCAAUUUCUUUUCAAUUUCUGGAACGAACGAAUGACUGUUACCUUAUGUGUAUAUGCUUGUAUUAUAUUGCAAGAUGCUGUAUUUUCUAUUUCAUGUAUUUGUGAGACAAAAUAAAUGUUAAAAAAAAAAAAAAACUUGGCUCAGCAAGUCACUUGUAACAUAUUCUUCUUUAUAUAACAUGUAUUUUGUAUGAAACAGAUACGACUAAAAAAAAUAUGGUUAUAUACUUGUCUGGAAAUUGGCAUGGGAUUGGUAAGAAAGAUUAGGACAUUAUACACUAUGCUGUGCAUGAAGGUAGACUCUUGAAAAGAAGCAAAAAAAACAGCUUUUGGCUAACUUGAUUAACUAUGGUAUAGAGAUCUUGUUCUCAGUUUUGGUAUUCAGUGUUCAAACUUGACUGUAUAUUUUGAAUACUACAGUAGUUAGUUGAGUAGAACGUUUUCUAUCUUUCUUACAAUAUUUUAUAUGCGAGCUGGUUUUGAUUUGGUAAUAAAAUAGAUAUUGUGUA